AUGAAUUUCUGCUCGAAAAAUGCACAAAUGUAUUAUAUUCCGGUGGGGCUGACAAGUCUUCAAAAGGACUUAAUAGAGAUACUACUAUGUAUGCAUGCCGAGAGCUUCCUCGAAGAGUUUGGGCCGAGCGAGGCGGUCAUGCAGUCAGCAGCGCAGAUUAAGACGGAGAAAGAACCCGAGGCGGUGGAGGGACUUGGGCUGGGGCCGCUGACACCUACACAGAUGAACACCAUGCUUUUGCGUCACCUGAGGGCCGUGGCCAACCAUCCCUGCCUGCUCGUGGACCACUACAUGCCGCGGAAGUUUCUGCUGAUGGAACCGGGAGAGGAACUAAUUGCAAUGAGCGAGAAAUUUCGUGUGCUAAACCAGAUGAUGGAGGCGAUCCUGUCGCGGCGGCGGCGGCAAAGGCCGCUGCAGCUGGUGUUGGUGUCGCACUCGGUCAAGGAGCUGGACCUGAUAGAGGGAUUCAUGUUGGGGAAGAUGGUGAAGAUCAAGCGCUUAUCCGGGACGAGCCUGUUUGACGAGAAGCACCAGUAUACGGAGCGGGGCACCGCAGCCGCCGAAUCCAACAGCACUCUGACCAGCGGCUCCACGCUGAAGGAUACGUCGCCGGGCAGCGUCGAGGGAAAGCUGUCUUCGGGCGAGGCAGGUGCCGGCUACACGACUGGGGGGAUCAAGGAUGACUAUGACUACCAGAACAGCAGGCGGCACAUGCGGGCGGCGGACGACGGGGCCGAGCGUCAGUGCGACCACGAAGACUGGCUAUUUUUAGCCACAACAACACACCUCACCCACUGCACCGAUCUGUUUGAUCAAUACGACGUGGACGUGGUGCUCAGUCUCGACCCGCUGCUCGAUGUAUCGCUGCCCGCGUUGCGCAGUGUGCGCAAGCAGAGCAAGUCCGUGCCGCUGGUAAAACUGUUCGUGCAGGACUCUGCUGAACACUUCAUGCUGACGCGCGGCAUCUCCGCCGAGCACGAGGAAGAUCACAUCUACGAUGCAGUUGGCCACUUUAUCAAGAACAGGGGUGUUCACAGACAACGUCUGGGCAUGUCAGCGGCAGCCCUAGCAGAGGUGGUCACCGCGUUGCUGGAAAACUGCGAAGCUGCGACUGACCUAAAAAGCACUAAACCAACAGACACGCCAAGUGAGCUCAGCAUUGUCGACGCAUUGUCCGAGCGGAUUAUGCUUCUGAAACUGAACCACACUCCCUAUGAGCUUCCGCUACAGCGCGGUCCCUUUAGCAUGAAGAGCUACCAGCUGCAGCUGAAGCAGCUAAUCUACGCCCGGCUGGAGGCCUGUCAGCGAGAGCAAGAAUGCAAAUGUGCAUACAUUCUCGACAGACGGAUGCAGGAAACUGCCAACCUUAACCGCCUAGACGAGGUGAAUGCCGAGGCAGGCCGCCUGUUCCAGUCCCUAAAGGACGAAGAAAAACUGGUGGUCGACUCGGAAAGGCGUCUGGAGCGCACGCGCGACGAGCACGACCGGCUGCGCGAAAAGUCCGCGCACCUCAGAAGGCGCAAGGCCGAGCUGGAGGAGCUCUUGGCAAGCUCCGAUCUCGACAGCCGCGUCUCCAGCAAACGCGCCAGACUGGCUGAGCUGCGGCAACAGCUGAUGCCCCUGGAGCAGCAGAAUACCGCCAUGGCAGACAGCAAUGAGGAGCUGCGCACCCGCUACCAGACCAGGUCCUCCCACGCCGCCACGCUCUCCUCGGCCCUGGCCUCUCUCCGCGAACGCAAGGCUGCCCUCACAAAGGAGUCUACGGGGCCCGCCACCUGCUGGAUGGCCGCUUCCGCGACCGAGGAGCACGACCGUCUCCAGACGGAGCUCAACGACCUGGUCCAACAGCGCCAUUUCCUGCAGAAAUACAUCGAUACCAUGAAGUCCCAGUAUGCGAUCACCAACCUCGACGAACUGAACAGGACGCAGCACAACAAGAGCGGAGCAGCCACUAGUCGCGUACGAACUACAAGAGCAACCUCGCCCACAUACAUAUAG